ACCCGCUUUGUUUGUAGAAGGAAAAUGAGGCAGGCCAAUCAGGAUGCGGCGUUCUGUGGUUGCCAUGGUGAGCGGAUGAGAGGGGGCGUGUCUGGGUGACAUGGCGGCGCUGGACAGGGUGAAGGUGCUGGUGCUGGGGGACUCAGGUGUGGGGAAAUCCUCUCUGGUCCAUUUACUGUGUCAGAACCAAGUCCUGGGGAACCCGUCCUGGACGGUGGGCUGCUCUGUGGACGUCAGGCUUCACGAGUAUCGGGAGGGGACCCCCGAGGAGAAGACCUUCUACAUAGAGCUGUGGGACGUCGGCGGAUCGGUGGGCAGCGCCAGCAGCGUGAAGAGCACCAGAGCCGUGUUCUACAAUGGAGUCAACGGUAUCGUCCUCGUUCAUGAUCUCACAAACAAGAAAUCCUCCCAGAAUCUUUACCGUUGGUCCCUGGAGGCGCUGAACCGGGAUCUGCAGCCCACGGGGGUCCUGGUGACCAACGGGGAUUAUGACCGGGAGAACUUUGCAGAUAACCAGAUCCCUCUUCUUAUCAUCGGCACCAAACUGGACCAGAUCCCGGAGACCAAACGGAACGAGGUUCUCACCCGCACGGCCUUCCUGGCUGAGGACUUCAAUGCCGAGGAGAUAAAUCUGGACUGCACUAAUACACGGUAUCUCGCUGCCGGAUCCUCCAACGCUGUCAAACUCAGCAGGUUCUUCGAUAAGGUGAUAGAGAAAAGAUACUUUACACGGGACGGGAACGCAAUGCCGGGAUUCCCAGAUCGGAAGAGAUUUGGCUCCUUUAAGAGUCUACACUACGACUGAGCGGAAGAUAUCAGAAGGGGGCGCUCUAAGGACCAAUAUGGAUGUAACCAGCAUCUGGUGGAAAACAAAGAUUAUUACCGGAUCGACUCCGGACUCAGAGAUGUAAAAAUGUAUUCUCUAUAAUGUAAUGUUAUGGAGGGACUCUGCCUGUACCACUGUCUAUAGUAGAGUUUCCCAAUCAGGGUGCCUCCAGCUGUUGCAAAACUACAACUCCCAGCAUGCCUGGACAGCCAUUGGCAAAGGCUGGAGGCACCCUGGUUGGGAAACACUGGUCUAUAGUGUAAUGUUAUGGAGGGACUUUGCCUUUACUACUGUCUAUAGAAGAGUUUCCCAACCAGGGUGCCUCCAGCUGUUGCAAAACUACAAUAGCAUGCCUCGACAGCCAUUGGCAAAGGCUGGAGGCACCCUGGUUGGGAAAUACCGGUCUAUAGUGUAAUGUUAUGGAGGGACACUGCCUAUACCACUGUCUUUAGAAGAGUUUCCCAACCAGGGUGCCUCCAGCUGUUGCAAAACUACAACUCCCAGCCCGGACAGCCAAAGGCUGUCCGGGCAUGCUGGCAGUUGUAGUUUUGCAACAGCUGGAGGCACCCUGGUUGGGAAACACUGGUCUAUGGUGUAAUGUUAUGGAGGGACUCUGCCUGUACCGUGUGUAUCACCUGUUAUAUGUAGAAGAUGAAUCUAUAUUCUACUUCAGAGCUGCACUCACGAUUCUGCUGAAGCUUGUGGACUGAUCUACCUACCAGGUUACAGCAGUGGCUGCUGGGAGAUGUUGUUCAUCUGCUUUACUCUUCAUAAAUAAACCUGUCAUUCUGG